AUGGCCAGUCCUACUGUGCUUACCUUUGACGCUGAGGGUCGUCCUAUUAAGUUCGAUGUUUGGCUCGAUGACCUUCACCUCUACCUUCAGAUCACCGCCAAGGACGAUAUUUCUCUUUAUGACCACACGUCCGGCGCCGCUCCCGCUCCUGCUGCCGAUGCUGAUAGCACCUUGCGCUCGCAGUGGCAGACCCGUGACGCUCACGCUCGCCUAGCCGUUCGCAGCCACCUGCCGUUAGAUGAGCGCGAGCAUUUUGGCCAGCAUAAGACCGCCAAGGAACUGUACGACGCCGUAGUCGCGCGCUACUCCUCCCCUGCCACUGCUACUAUAGGCCGUCUCUCACUGCCCUACCUCUUUCCCGACCUGUCCGCCUUUGCCACUGUCGCUGACCUCAUCACCCACCUCCGUACCAGUGACCUCCGCUACCGUGCCGUCCUCCCCCCCGAUUUCCUCGCCAAGAACCCCACCCCCCGAUGUACCUCACACUGUACCACCUUGUCACCCGCCUCCCUGACUCCCUUCGCACUGGUGCUCCCCCUCCCCCCUCCUCCCCUCCAUUGCAUCUGCUGCGCUGUCGACUACCUCGGUGCUGAGGGAGUCGGGACUGCGUCUGCUCCCAGUGGGAGGCGCAAGAGCGGCAAGGGCAAGGGGGGGCGGGGUGGUGGAGGUGGAGGUGGGGGCGGCGGCGGUGGAGGGCGUGGGGGGGGCGGGGGUGGUGGCGGAAGUGGGAGUGGCGCGGGUGGUGGGGGGGUCAGUGGCGGCGCAGGGGGUGGUGGCGGCGGCGGCGGUGGUGGGGGUGGGGGUGGGGGAGGAGGUGGUGGCGGUACUGGCGGUGGUGGAGCGGGUGGCGGGCGCGGUGGAGCGGUGCAGCGUGGGGGGUUCGGAGGUGGUCCGAGGCAGCCGCAGCAGCGUCCUGGCGAGACUCCCUCGCCCCAGCAGCUUCGUGAGUGGUACUCUCAGCGUGGGGGGUCUGGGGGUGGAGGCAUUUGCUCGUACGUCAUCCGCACAGGUGAUCGCGCUGGCCAGACUUGUGGGAGGUUCCACCCGACACAGCGCUGCUUCUCUCGCCUCGAUGACGCCUGGCGCGAGCAGUUCCCUGACGCCUCUGAGCUGCCUCGCUGGGCUGAUCUGCUUAGGAAGGGAAUUGAUAUCUUUGCUCUUGAUUAUGAUGCUAUCCUUGCUGCCAUGUAUGCAUUGACUAUUAGUGCUGAGGGUGACUGUUACCUGAGUGUGCCGCCUGACCCAGGUAUUGGUACUGGUAUGGCUGCUGCGCUAGGUGCUAGUGCGUCUGCGUCUGCUGGUACUGAGUCUGCUACAGCACUGCACACCUUCACCCUGGACUCAGGUGCUUCCCGCUGUUUCUUUCGUGACCGCACAGUCCUUGAGCCACUCGCUCGGCCUGUUGCUGUCUCCCUUGCUGACCCCUCUGGGGGCCCGGUCCUUGCGACCUCCUCCACUGUCCUCCCUUGUCCUGCGGCCCCGUCUGGCACUUUGUCGGGUCUUUACCUCCCCUCGUUCUCUACGAACUUGGUGGCGGGCUCUGCUCUCCAGGACGGGGGUGUUCACCAGUCCACCCCUGAGCGAGUGACCCACUGUACGUGUGCUCGGACGGGUCGCCACCUGGCUACCUUCACUCGGCAGCCGGGGUCCGACCUGUACACACUGACCACUGAGUCCCCUCAGGUAGCUGCGUCUGCGUUUGCGUCAGGUCAGCUGUCGGCUCCCUGCUCGUGUCGCUCCCUGUCGCACCAGACCGUCCUCUGGCACCACCGCCUUGGUCACCCCUCCGUGCAGCGCCUUCGUGGCAUGCACUCCCGUUACCUUGUCUCUGGUCUUCCCAGAGUUCUCCCUCCCCUCCCACCCUCGCCUGCUCCUCCCUGUCUUCCCUGUGUCGAGGGGCGGCAGCGCGCCACCCCUCACUCCUCCUCGUUUCCUCCCACAGAGGCUCCUUUGCAGACUCUUCACCUGGACGUGUGGGGCCCAGCCCGCGUCCGGGGACAGGGCCACGAGCGGUACUUCCUGCUGGUCGUCGACGACUACUCGCGCUACACCACGGUCUUCCCCUUGCGCACCAAGGGUGAGGUCCCUGAUGUUUUGAUCCCUUGGAUCCGCGCUGCUCGUCUCCAGCUCCGCCAGCGGUUCCAGUCGGACUUUCCCGUCCUGCGUCUGCACUCUGACAGGGGUGGUGAGUUUUCCUCCGCCCUCCUGGCUGCCUACUGUGCGGAGCACGGCAUCCGCCAGACUUUCACUCUUCCGGACUCCCCACAGCAGAAUGGGGUUGCUGAGCGUCGCAUUGGUUUAGUCAUGGAGGUCGCUCGUACCUCCAUGAUCCAUGCGGCUGCCCCCCAUUUCCUGUGGCCGUUUGCAGUGCGGUACGCUGCGCAUCAGCUCAACCUUUGGCCCCGUGUCUCUGCUCCGGAGACCUCGCCCACACUGCGUUGGACGGGGGAGGUUGGCGAUGCGUCGGUGUUCCGUGUCUGGGGAUGCCGAGCCCUUGUUCGCGAUACGUCCGCGGACAAGCUCUCCUCCCGUGCCGUUCCCUGCGUCUUCCUUGGCUUUGUUCCUGACGCGCCUGGCUGGCAGUUUUACCACCCCACCUCGCACCGUGUCUUUGCGUCUCAGGACGUCACCUUUGACGAGUCGGUACCCUUUUACCGUCUCUUCCCCUACCGCACUGCCCCCCUCCCUCCCCCGCCGCUUUUCCUCGCUCCAGGUCCCCCUCCGCUAGACCCCCUUCCCCCUCAGGGUCCUGCUCCUUCAGGUGUCUCUCAGGUAGACCCUCCUCCCGUCGCUGAGCCUGUCGAGGUCACAGGUGACUCAGGUGCUGCUGCAGGUGGUGCUGCUGGGGGUGCUGAGCCUGGGGGUGCUGCGACUGGGGGUGCUGAGCCUGGGGGUGCGGAGUCUGGGGGUGCUGACACUGGGGGUGCUGAGCCUGCGGGUGCGGAGCCUGGGGGUGCUGAGACUGGGAGUGCUAAGCCUGGGGGUGCGGUGCCUGGGGGUGCUGAGACUGAGGGUGCUGUGCCUGGGGGCGCUGAGCCUGGGUUUGCUGAGCCUGGGGGUGCUGAGCCUGGAGGUUCUGGUGCUGCUGGUGCUGCCACUGGAGCUGGAGGUCCUGGAGCUGCUACGGACACUGGCGCUGCGGGUUCUGAGUCUGCUGUUGCGCGGUCCCCUUGGAGUAGCCGCCUUCGUACGCGUGUGCCUCUCACCUCCCAGCAGCUGCGCGACUGGUACGGUCGCCGUCAGCGUCGCGCUCCUGUGGCUCGGGACCCUGCUCCUGGCGGUUCUUCCACUGACGUCACUGGAGCUGCGGGUGGUGCUGGUUUGUUGUCUCCUGGGGGUGCCCACGUCGCUGGUCCCGGAGGUGCUCGUACCGCUGGUACUCGAGCUGCUGGGGCUGGUGGUGUUGUGUUUGAGGGUCCUCCUCCUGGGGACGUUGCGACUGGGGGUGCUGGUUCUGGAGGCGCUGCGACUGGUGGAGACGGUCCUGGAGGAGUUGCUGCUGGGGGUGGUGGAGCUACUGGAGGUGCGGGAGCUGCUGUGGGUGCUGGAGCUGCUGGUGCUGUUGCCACUACACAGGCGCGCGCGACUGUUCUUAGUCUUCCGUCUUCUACCGGUCUUCCCCUCCUGCCUGACUCACCGCUUCCUGCUCCUUCUCCUUACACUGAGCAGUCAGGAGGUCUUACUGAGCGUCGUGAGCCUGCGUCGCGUCCUGUCUCGCCAGUUCGCUCUGGACGCACCGUUCGUCGUGGUCCGCGUUCGCGGUCGCCGUCUGUCCCCCGCACGCGCCUUGUCGUUCGUCGUUCUUCCUCUGUUCCGCAGUCUGUUCCUCUGCCGUCCCCUCCUGAGUCGUCUUUGCCUCACGUUCCGGACCCUGAGUCUGACCCGUUUCGUGCUGAGCACCCUACUGUCACGCAUCUGCUAGCCACUGUUGUCACUGACCCCUCGUUUGAGUCUUCUGCUGCGUCUGCCUUAGUCGCUGAGCUUGUUGACUUUGCUGCUGCCUUUCGUCUAGACUACGCUGCUAGCCUUGUUGCUGAGUCUGAGUCUGUCUGUCCUCCGUCCGUCGGGGGUGAGUGUGCUCUUGGCACGGACGUCCUUGAGGACAGGCACGAGGACCUUGAGUGUCUUGCAGCCGUUGCGCCUCAUCUCGUGGCCAUGCUGCUUGCCCCUGAGGGAGACCCGGAUGCUAUAGACAUCCCUACCCCGCGAUCUUACGCUGAGGCGAUCGCGGGUCCCUACUCCUCUCAGUGGCAGGCAGCCAUGGACGCAGAGAUGGCAUCCUGGAAGUCCACUGGCACUUACGUCGACGAGGUUCCCCCUCCUGGGGCGAACAUCGUCAGUGGCAUGUGGAUUUUCAGGGUGAAGCGGCCGCCGGAUUCUCCGCCUGUCUUCAAGGCUCGUUACGUUGCCCGAGGCUUCAGUCAGCGAGAGGGAGUCGACUUCUUUCAGACCUUCUCCCCCACCCCGAAGAUGACCACUCUUCGGGUACUGCUGCACGUUGCCGCUCAGCGUGACUACGAGCUUCACUCUCUUGACUUCAGCACAGCUUUCUUGCAGGGCAGUCUGCACGAGGAGAUCUGGCUGCGCCGCCCUCCUGGCUUCACUGGGUCGUUUCCUCCUGGUACCCAGUGGAGCCUCCGCCGGCCGGUCUACGGUCUCCGCCAGGCGCCACGUGAGUGGCACGACACACUGAGGACUACACUUGCGGCUCUUGGGUUCGCGCCGUCUACUGCUGACCCGUCGCUGUUUCUGCGCACCGACACUUCGCUGCCGCCGUUCUACAUCCUCGUGUACGUCGACGACUUGGUCUUUGCCACUGCUGACACUGAGGCUCUCGCCCACGUGAAGUCCGAACUGCAGAAGAGACACACGUGCACAGACCUGGGUGAACUGCGCAGCUACCUUGGCUUGCAGAUCACCCGGGACAGAGCACGCCGCACCAUCACACUGACUCAGUCACACAUGGUGCAGCAGGUCCUUCAGCGCUUCGGCUUCACCUGGUCCUCAGCACAGGCCACUCCUCUGGCCAUAGGUCACUCGCUCUCAGCUCUGCCUUCGGAUGAGUCCGUAGAGCCGAGUGGUCCUUACCCAGAGCUAGUUGGUUGCCUCAUGUACCUGAUGACUUGCACUCGUCCUGACCUAGCGUACCCUCUUGGCCUUCUGGCUCGCUACGUGGCUCCUGGCAGGCACCGAAAGGUGCACUGGGAUGCUGCGAAGAGGGUAUUGCGCUACUUGUGCAGUACAUCGGGCAUGGGGCUCGUGCUUGGAGGAGGGAGCCCAGUUGUUCUCACUGGGCACUCAGACGCUUCUUGGGUUGACGACCAGGCUACUCAGCGGUCGUCCCAGGGUUACACCUUCAGUCUUAGCUCUGGGUCAGUUUCUUGGCGUUCUACACGUUCGUCUUCAGUCCUCAGCUCCAGUUGUGAGGCUGAGAUCUACGCCACAGCCAUGGCUGCUCAGGAGUUACGCUGGCUCACCUACCUGCUGACCGACCUGGGAGAGCGGCCUCGUUCUCCUCCAGUGCUGUACGUUGACAACAAGGCUGCCAUUGCCUUGUGUGAGGAGCACAGACUGGAGCACAGAACGAAGCACAUCGCUCUGCGGUACUUUCUGGCUCGAGAGUUGCAACAGCGUGGUCAGCUUCGUCUGCGUUACGUGGCCACUCAGGCCAACACUGCUGAUAUAUUCACCAAGGCACUCCCGCCUAGUGAUCAUCAGCGCUUCUGCACUUUGUUGGGGCUUGUGCCCACUUUUCCUCACUUGCUGUAG